CAGUAAACGCCAACAGGUUUUUUGCUAUGAUCUAUACGACUGCCUAUUUGUGUAUCGCUUUAUAAAAGCGACCGUCAACUGAAUAUUAACAUUGUAGUUAAGAAGCUUCACAACGAUGGAGCUCAAAUGUGCACAUAUCUUUUUACUGUUUAGUGUCGUGAGUGCAACUCCUCACGGAUAUGGCACUAAAGGAGGAGCUUCAGCUUCAGCGAAAGCUGAAGCCAUUGCCACUGCUGGAGCUUUUGAUGGCGUAAGAGGUUUGCCAUUGAGUAUACCAAGUGGGCCUGGCUACUCUGGCAGUUUUUCCAAGUCUUCAUCGUCGAGUUUCUCAUCAGCAAGUUCGAGUGCAAGUUCAAGCUCCAGUUCAUUUAGUUAUAGCGGAUCUGGUUCAUCUGGAUUGCAUGGUUUCGGAGCCAACAGCGUUGCUGGAGCCAAUGCUUUCGGAGGAGAAAACGGCCCUGCUGGAUCAAAGGGUAUUGCAGGAUCACAUGGACAGGCCGGAGCAAACGCCUUUGCUGUAUCCAAUGCACAAGCUGGAACAAACGGCCUUGGCGGUUCAAACGGACUGGCAGGACCACAUGGACUUACAGGCUCAAACGGACUGGCAGGAGCACAUGGACUUGCAGGUUCAAACGGACUGGCAGAAGCACAUGGACUUGCAGGUUCAAACGGGUUGGCAGGAGCAAAUGGACUUGCUGGUUCAAACGGGUUGGCAGGAACACACGGACUUGCUGGCUCAAACGGACUGGCAGGUGCACACGGAGUUGCUGGAUCGAACGGACUUGCAGAAGGAAACGAUCUUGCCGGUACCUCAGGAUGCGGAUCUGGAGCAUGCUCACACAAUAAAGUAGAUGGAAUACCUAGUCAUAGUGGAUCUAGUGGCGCGACUACUGGCCAAGGAAACUUUGGAUCUAACGCUGCUGGGACAUCAAACGCUGAAUCUGGUACGUAUGGCUUUACAAAUGGAGGAGGUAAAACUUGUAUCGGAAGUGAUUGCUCCCACCACUUAACUGGUUGUGAAGGUUCUGACUGUUUGAAUAGUAAUCGAAACAACAAAUGCACAUCUGGGCACUGUGGGUCCGACUCUUUGAAAAACGAUAAAGAUUGUUCGUCUGGAAAUUGUGAAAUAACCCCAUCGCAAUCAUCAUCACUAGACUAUCCAUCUCCGACUCAGUGCACGUCUGGACAGUGUGGGCUGAAUGUACAAACGAAUUUGCCAACGACGACCACAUCGGGAUCCUAUGAUAUUCCUGCGAAAAAACAUGAUUUUGCAUUAAAACCCAAUUCAAAAGACCACUACACUCAUAACGCCUUUAGUGGAUAUAAUGAAGCAUCAUCCAAUUCUAACACACAGUCGUCUCACGGAAUCGAUUCUCAACAUCAUUCAGGAAAUGUAGAUGUUCAUGGUCAAUUGCAUGGAAUUCCAACGGCUGCUACGUCAUCCACUGGUAACUCUGGCUUAUCAAUUGAUCACUCGAAACCAGCUACUUAUUUAACUACUCCCAAAGUAGAAGAACCCUGUAAUACUCCAUCAUGUAAAUCUGAUUUUGGUCAAAGCGCUGUAAAACCAACAAGCUACAAUGUGCCUUUACAUACUAGUAUAGAUGGCCUGAACCAAAACCUUCCAUGUAAAAACGGGAACUGUGGAAUCAACCAAUACCCUACUCCAAGUGUUGGUCCAUUGUCACCUAGACCAGCUGGACCAACAGGAUGUUCAUCUCCCAAUUGCGCUGAACUAACUUCUAUAAGUUCUGCAUCUGAUUGCAAGUCACCACACUGUGCACCUAACUACCCUUCGGUACCUCAGGGUAGUGCGAGUGGAAUAAAUUAUCCCGCUGAUGUAUCAGGCUCUGGUUUGGUACCUAAAAAUCCCAGCUAUGCUUCUCCUAUUCUACCCUCAUACAAUCCCUCGCAUGGAUAUUUUAAACCUGGAUGUAAAACUCCUGACUGUACAGAAUAUACUCCAGGGCACGUAAAUGCAGGAGCUAACUCAGAGUUUCCUUCCCAUAGUGGAUUUUUACCUGCUGGAACAAGUCCUACAAUACCAAGUUAUUCUACCCCUAUUUUACUUCCUAACACGCCUACAACUGGGCAUUCUCCAAACACACCAAACAAUGCAGGAAACUAUGGUGUUGUCAGUGGGACAACGGCAGUCACUCCUGGACAUAUACCGCCUGCAGGCGGUUUUGGUGGACCGAGUGGAAUAUUAAAGCCUAAUGAGUUUAGUCUUCCUUCUAAUACACAUGUAGCGCCAUCAUUUACAAAACCUACUAUUCCAACCAAUCCAAUUAUUGGAGCUAGUCCUUCUGCAGAAGAACUUCCGCCAUAUACUGGUGGAUUCGGUGGACCCCACGGCGUUUUAAAACCUAAUGAGUUCGACAUUAAGCAUCCUUCAACAACACAUAAUACACCUAUAUCUAACGGAAGUCCCGCUGGUCAUGAUCUACCGACAUACACGGGUGGGUUUGGUGCACCCACUGGUUUAUUAAAACCGAAUGAAAUUAGUAGUUCCGCUAACGCAGGCGCUUCAGCUAAUUCGAAUGGGGGAUCUCUCCAUACUGUAUCACCAAACAUUGGCGGUACUUAUCCAACACAACAAAUCCCUACAUCUCAUGGUAGUCACAUUAUACCAUCAGGGACCUUAAGACCGGGUAUCGGUUCUAAUGUUGGGAUUCCUGCCGCUCAUCUCACAACUCCAGUCGUCUUACAACCAAUUCCUGUGAUACAUUCAACUCAUCAUCCGCUUCCUGUGCCUACACAAGGAUUCGUGACUCCAACUGGGUCAGUACAGCCCAGUGCAUACUAUUCAACCAAACCUACAGGCAGUUCAGUUACUGCCUUCGGUAACAUUGACUCCCACGGACAUCUUGGACACACUCAGUUACCAAAUGGGGACAGUAAUCUAAAUAAAGAUUUGCCAAAAUACACAGGUAAUUUUGGAGGUGCCACUGGAGUACUAAAAUCAAAUGAUUUCAAAGAUUCAUUAAGCCAUGGAUACAACAAGCCAGGAACUACCAGCAGCUCAAUACCGGUUUCUUGCUCUCCUGGAACGUGUAAUAGUGAAUCUAUUAACUCAGCAGCAGCAGCCAAUGCGGAAGCGGUUGCUUAUGCUGGCGGUUUUGGUGGACCACCAGGUCUUUUAAAACCUCAUGAUGGUGGAAAACUAGAUCAUAAACUACUGUCAGGAGCACAAUUCGGAUUACAUCAAGGUUCGUCUGGCUCAACUAAUUUUGGCAUAGCAUCAUCCGGAACAGUAAACGGAGAAGCUAAAACACCGGCACAUGACACGCAUAGUCAAUCCGGCGCGGCAGCACAAGCGAAUGCAGUUGCACAGGCAAGUGCAACCGCAGAAGCUGCUUCAGGAUCUUUCGGAGGUAGCAGUGGUCAAGCAGGUGUUCAUGGUGAUGAUCACAAAUCGGGAAGCGGGUGUGGAGGGGGAUGUGGGGGUGGAAGCUAUCAUGGUAGCGGGCAUGACUUCGGUUCAAGUUCAGCAAUAAGUAGUGCAAAAGCUGGAGUAGUAAAUGGACCGGACAGUGGAUUACAUGGUAAUAGCGCGUCUGCUAAGAGCCUCUCCAGUGCUGUGAGUGGGGCACGUGCCUUUGGUGGUGCGGGGAGCUACGCCAGCAGCUCCGCUUCAGCGCAUGCCUCCGCUGGAUAUGCCACGAAAGGAGGUUAUGGAAAAUGAAUAGAAGGCGUUUAAACUGAGCAUCCGUCGCGUAUGGAUUUUAUUGCAAAGACUUAUCUACGUUUAUUAGAAAUUUAUUCAAAUAAAUAUACGAUAUUUUAUAAGUAAAACACAUUAAAAUCUUCGUUAAUAUA